GUUUGGAAACUAACAGCUGCAGCACGUUGUGUCAUCAGAGCAUCCACAUGGACGCUGCGAAACUCAUGUUUGUCCCGUUACUUUUACCUCGGGACUGAGCUCGAUGUCGACGUCUACAGACCAGAGUUUUUCCCCUCUCUUCAGCCAUAUUUGAUGAGCUGAAGUUCUGCAAAUGACAACUGAAUUUUCGUUUCCUGUGUGGAGAGGUCACGUUCGUUUUACUCUCCGAGGCUGAGACUUGUAAACAUGGAGUUAAUCGACUUGGGAUGCCAGGUCUGCCUCACUAAGUAUAGCAGAGUGUUCAAUUUGAAGAAUCAUAUGUAUUCGACAGAUCAUCGACAGAAAAUGGCAGACAUCUUCUCUAAAGAAACAUUCAAGACAUGCGCAGUGGGCGUCAGGCAGAACAACGGCAGCAGACACAACCGCGGUAACAGACACAACCAUGACGCACGAACCAGAUGCCACCAUGAUCCUUGGGAACCUGCAAGAGAAGAAGGCUUCUUUCCACAAAUUAGCUUGAUCAAUCCACAAGCCAGGCGUCACAUCAAACAACCCAUCGUAGGCUUGUCUCUGAUGACUUUGUGUUUCAGUGUAGACACAGAGACAUAUUUUUACCUUUGCCAUGUCUGUGAGGAAAAGCGCCCGGCAGACAGGAUUGUAACCCACCUCUCUUCUAUUGACCAUUUCAGGAACUACUUUAGCUACGUAAACCCCAAUGUACUGAGAUUCUCCUGGAUCCCCUUCAUGGAUAAGAACGUCACUCUGACGCCUGAGGUCUUAAAGGAAAUAAGAGUAAGGGGGCUCGGAAAACUACAGGUGUUGGAUUUACCUGAAAAUCUGUUGAAAAAGCUUGAACCAGAAACCUACUCUGGGGUGAUGCGCACUCUCAGUGAAAAUGACAAGCUUCUCAAGCUAUUUGAAGCUGGCAAGCCAAAGAGGACGAUGAUACAAACAUACCAAAGAGACAGCAAAAGGAAGCAUCCACUUCUUGGCAUGCAGCACCUCGUUGAAUGCAUUUGUGCCGGGUCGACUGAGAAGAGAUACUAUCUCUGCACGCUCUGCCACCUAACUUUGGCCACCCACAUGAUCAUCAAACACAUCCUGAGCUUUGACCACAUCUAUUGUUAUUUUAAAGAAUGGCACCCGUCUACUUUGCUGUCAAAGGGAUCCUACCAGAAAUACAACUACCGCUUUGCCUCCACAAUGCUUGAUUUUGCAAAGCAGGCAGAAUUACAGAGUACUGGAAACACUGAUAUGAAGCAAGUGAGCCUGGAGCCUGCCAAGUACACAUCAGUGAAUUUCGCUAGUUAUGCAGAAGCUUUGAAGGAACUGGAAUCCAUCAGAAAGGAAAACAAGGAGGACAGCUUGAUUACAGUUAUCAAACCAGGGAGCAGGCUGCAGCCCCACACUGCGUCAGCGGCGCCUGUAGUGCGAGCAGGACCAGCAGCAUCUUCAGCACCAGCAGGGCCAACAGCUGCGUCUGCAGCAGCAGCAGCAAGAGGAACGUCUGUAGCGCUAGCAGGGCCAACAGCACCAGCAGUGUCUGUAUCGUCAGCAGCACCAGCAGGGCAAGCAAAUUCAGCAGUGUCUUCAGCGUCAGAAGGGCCAACAGCAGCUCCAGCAGCACCACCAGCGCCUGUAGUGCCAGCUGGACCUGGAGCAUUAUCGUACAAACUACACUGUCAGAACUGCAGUAUGAGUUUUGACAGUAUGCAUAAGUAUUGCAAUCAUUUGUCCAAGUGGAAUCACAAACAGAUGUUGAAGAGGCACUUUGGAGGUGUUGAUGAUUGCAAAGCAGGAUGGAAACCCAGUCUGGACUUAUACAUGUACCACCAAGAGCGCUUGAAGCAUAAUGAACCACUUAUUGGUGUAUCCCUGGUUGUGACAUGUGUCAGCAAUGGAGAUAUGGAGGACCCUUUUUAUGUGUGCUUUGCUUGUGAGGACUGUUUUUGCAAGUCCUUUCGCAAACAGCACUUUAACUCCAUGAAACAUCUCAUAAACACCUUGCUGCACCAGAACCCCUGGCGUCUGCCUUUUGCGUGGGAGAACCUGGAUGUGGAAGUCUUGAGGUCAAUGGCAUGGGAAGAGGAGAAGGAAAGAGGACCAAAACAGAUGUUGCUGAAGGUUCUUGAUAUGCCAUCCUGGGAGUUUAAGAGGCUUGAUGGACUUAGCUACCCAAAUGUGAUGGCAAGACUUCAGCAAUACCACACAAUCUUAAGGCGUGACGUUCCACCAAGUGAAAGACACAGCAAACUCCAACAGAACGAGAGAUUUCCUCUGCUCGGUGCAAACUUCGUGGUCAUGUUUCAUGUGUGUGUUAAAGGGGUUCAGCUCAAAAAUAUGGGAUUCCUCUGUUUGCUCUGCGAGAGGAGGUUGAGUGGCGCUGAACGUUACGCUCAUGUGUUCAGCCGAGAACAUGUUGUAAAAUUUCUGAAGUGUUUCCACCGGGUCUUCAACAAUUCAAGCACCAGUGCAGAGACCUUACUGGACUUGGCAAUACAGGCAGGAUGGUCUCACCUGUUAUCAGAUGUACAGAUAGUACAGUUGGACAAGCCCAUCUGGGAGCCAUGCAGCUAUGAGAAAGCAAUAAAGAUCCUGAAAUCUGUAAAGAAGAAAGAAGGAAAAACAGAGUUAAUACCCCCAAUAUGUCUUAAAGAAAAGCUGGUUCCUAGAGAAACCUCGGAAAAAGACAAGGACCAUGUGAGAGACAAUAGUGAGAAACACAGCAGGACGAUGGAGGGGUGUGAGAAAACUUUGAGUCAAAACUCCGACAGUGAUGAGACAACCCUGAAAAAGAUGUCAGUAGAAGUUGGUGCUGAUGUCUCCAGUGCACAUUGUGUACAAAGUGGAGAAAACACAGAAAAGGGAGACAACAAGGAGACUCCCACACCAAGUGAUGAAGAAUCAAAGAGAGGAGAUGUGACCUCAAAAACUAGUUCAGAGGAGAUACAGAAUGCGGGAAGGGAGACAUGCCAGGGAAUAAAGGAGGAGAAGAUAAAAGAGCCUACAUCAAGAAAACCAACGGAUGGAAGUGAUGGAACAGAGGCCGGAAUACAGACAAGCAGAAGUAUCACACAGAAGAGGAAAUUCUCACAGGAGGGCACCUGUCCUGCUAUGAAUGUAACACAAGACAUGGACCAUAAAAGGCAGCGGUUCACCUCCAAAGAAGACACACCUCAUAAAGAACCCCAAAAUUUGCCAGGUAACGCACAAAAUGUGUCUGAGCCUGUGGCUGUUACAGCAUCCGCUAGUAUGAACCAGCAACCAGGAGAGAAGUUGUGGCAGUAUCUUAGCAAGAAGAGCCGAGAUCCUGUUGUUGGCUUAAGUGCACUUCUUGAAUGCAACAAUGAUGAGCGUGACCCUCUCUACCUCUGUGAGUGCUGCUCUCUGAAGAUCCCAGAGAAGGACAUCAUCAGCCAUGUCACCGGAGUCUACCACCAGAGGAUGUAUCUGGUGGUGUUACAGAAACUCUCACCAGGGAUGCACCAGAGGGACUCAGUCAGACGUUUGGCUGAAUUCUUUGAACAAGAAAAUGGAUAUGGAGAAGCUGAGGCUGUUGAUCUGGAUGACAAGACUUUCAAUAAAAUCUCACAGCAAGACUUCAAAUCAGCCAUACAGACAGUGAAGGCCCUUAAGAAUCAGCAGGACAGUGAGCAUGAUCUUCCCUCGACCUCAGCUUCGCCUGGCGUUCAACCUACCUACCAGGACAACUACCAGGUGGUGAAUAUGGAGAUUGAUGAUGAUCCAGAAGACUCUAAGGCACAGCCAUCCUCAGAAACCACCUCCGAUGAAACCAGAGUCCCUCGUGAAUCAAACAAAGACGUCUCAGUGACCCAUAUCAAAGUGUCUGCGUCAGCUGAGAACGUUAACACCAACAUGACUGUUUGCAGAGGUAGCGAGAACAAAGUCAAAAUCAUUUCAAACACAGCUGUGGGACUUUUAAAAACAGCAACCACUUCCAAAACAGUGGGGACCUCCCAAACUGCAGCAGCUUUAGACUCUACUGUAACCACCACAUCCAUGACGGCCAUCUCCAAGUUUACAGACAAAUCUUCCAAUUCUACUCCGGACACCACCAAAUCAAUGGCACCCUGCUCCCGACAUACAGCUGCAACCUCCAGCUGUACUACAGCAAACACCAAAUUGAGAGAACCCGGCUACAAAUCUACAGCAAGCUCCAUCCCAUCAAUGUCCAAACCACUUGAAAACAGAACUGGAGCUGCAGCCAAAGUUCCAGCAACUUCGCACAAAACUGCCACCGCCCCUAAAUCAGAAUCCACAGUAGUGCGUGAAGCCGCCUGCAGAACUGCAUCCAAAUCAGAAAACGCCUCCAAAAAUUCUGAAAAUGCAUCCAAAACUGCGGUUGCAUCUCAAACUAUGGGGACAUCUGUAGCCACUGCUAAAAUGUCUAAAACGUUGGUUGCAUGUGAAAAUACUGCGGCCUCUGUCAAGACUGCACCCAUGAAGAAUUCAGUGAGUUCGGCUUCUGAUGUUGCACCAAAUGCUGCUAAGAGUAAGACACCUGCAGCUCCCCACCUCACUGCCAGGUCUGAAAACAAGAAUCCACACACAGACCCAUCACAUACAAAGACAAGUCAAAGCCUUCCCAGAAUUGGCUUAAACCAGUUGAUUGCAGUGACGUGUCAAGGAAGACGGCAAGUCUACUGUCAGCUGUGUUCAGUCAGGUUGCAGCAGUCCAGUCAUAUGUGCGAAUUUAUCCACGUGUUAGGCUAUUUGAAUAUGCGCUACCCUGGCUGGAUUGCCAAGUCUUAUGGCCAAAUCGUUGAGAAAGCAAACCACUUGGCUGAGGUUGAGAAGGACAUAAGAUCCCAUGACAUCAAGAGACUGGAAGUGAAGAUUGAUGAGUACAAAGAGCUGGCUAGACUUUCAGAGGAUGAAGCUAUUGAAAAACUGAAAGAAAAGUUGAUACAGAGAGACAUGGACCUGUCAUCGCCCUCCUCAACUGAUACUGCAGAGCCUUGGAGACAGCAAGUUCCCUCUUCCAGUCCAUGGGAAAUUUCAAGCCCAGAUGAUGAAAUUGAAUCCACUUCAGAAAAGAGAGAAACUCCUGCUGUGGGUCAAUCACACAGAGCUCAGAGCAUGAAGAGUUCAGAGCCAGAAGCUGACCAUCUGAUUUCAGACCAGCCUCAUUCUUCUUCGAUUGUGAAUAAAAAUGAGCCCAUCGCAGAUCCUAGCACUGAAGACACAGGAAUAGCAGUCAAAGUGGAUAAACCUCAGGGUCAUGAUGUGCGUCAUCUUGCCACUGACUCUGCAGACAGAUCUGCCCAAACCCCCAAUGCAUGCCAAGAGACUCCAGAGAAGAGGAAACGACAGGAGAGAAGUGAUCCAAGGUUACAAGGUGGAAGGUGGAAGGCGUCUGAAGGCUCUCAGAAAACAUCAUCUGUAAAAUUCCUCAACCCGGACCCGCCCUCUCCUGUUGCUGCAGUGACAACAGAACGGCAGAACCACCCAAAACCCAGACAGAAAUCAGCAGAACAUGUAUCAGAACACUCACAAGAACUCCCAGUGAUUAUCAUAGGGCAAAGCAUCGAGGGCAGCAGUAAUUUGUUUAAACACUACUUGAUGAUGAAGGGAUACGACCCUGACACAGUCAUAGGUCUGAGCUCUGUGUGGGAGUGUCAAGGGGUAUCUCUGAGUCCAUUCUACCUGUGUGAGAGCUGUGCAGAGACACUCUCCAUCAGUGACAUCUGUUCACACGUGGUCAGCAAAAAACACCAGGAAAAUUACAUGUGGAGGUUGAAACCUCAGUUUCUGUCCUUCAUGGAGUAUGACCUGCCUGAAGAGCAUAAAGAGAAGAUUUUUAACGGCGUUGCCGAGAGGGUGGCACAACAGGAGCGUUACAACGAGAUUGAUGCGCAGGUUAUCAUGCUGAGGCCGGAGUUAUAUAAAAUGGUUCAGAACGCUCCCUUCAGUGAAGCUUUAAUGAUGGUUCAAAAAAUCUACAAAGCAAAGAAAUUGAGCGUCCCCUGGCAAGUCAUCUGUACUAGUGAACAAAAGGACCAGGAGCCUGAGGCCCAGCAGAGUCCAGAGGAAUCUCUUCCCAUGGAGACACAGACAGAACCGCCACCUGAGACGGACCAAAGAGGUGGAGCAAGACAGAAAACUGAGAAACCUCGUUUGGAAGAGAUGGUUGGAAAUUUGGACAAGCUCAAGCAAAGAAGAGCCUUGAGUCCUCCGCAUGUGACCAGUGUCUCCUCAACAACUGAUUCUGUCACGUCUUCUAUCCUUGGUGCUGAUACAUGUCUCAGUCCCCAAGACCAGCCAGAACCCAGAACCCAAUUUCCUCAACACCAGAGCCUGAUGCCAGAGUUGGAAGUCAACCAGGCAGAGGUACACUCAGAAUCCCUGUCCGACUCUGUUAUUAGUCCUCAAACCAGUCAGAUCCUGUCAGAGUCCCCCAGAGAUAAAUGCCGUCCAGCCAGGAAAAGAAAAGCUGAUGAAUCUGUUGAAACACCCAUGAGAUCUUGUACCAGUAACCCUCAACUUGAGGAACCUAUUCCAGCCAAACAGACAUGCAAUGUGCUGCAGCCUGUCAGUCAGCCCAGCCCCGAAUCAGACACUGAGUCCACUUCUGUUAAUCGUGCUGCAGUCUCCACCCUCAUGUCUCUUAAGGAUGGAGACGCAGAACAAGACACACCAGUCAUGGACAUGACAAAGUUUGCAGAGGAUCCUUUUCCAGCCAAACAGACAUGCAGACUGCUGCAGCCUGUCAGUCAGCCCAGCCCCGAAUCAGCCACUGAGCCCACUUCUGUUAAUCCUGCUGCAACCUCCACCCUCAUGUCUCUUAAGGAUGGAGACACAGAACAAGACACAUCAUUCAUGGACAUGACAAAGUUUGAUGAACUAAUUGCUCUUGUAAGAAAGAUGAAGUCUGAGGUACAUGCUUCCCCUCGCACGUUAGCUCCAAAUAAUGGUAAUACUAAUACCUCCUGUGCUAGCAAUUCCUCCGAAAGUGGUGUUGAAAGAGUAUGGAAUCCAAAUUCUGUGCAGACUACGGUGGUCCAAAAAACAACAAGAUGGGAUUUAAAGUGGGAGCUGGUUAAAGUAACAAACAAUCCACCCCCUUCUAACGUAUCGGAGGAGAUGUUCUCAACAGCUGCUCCUGUGGUUUUGGGCCAUGAGAACCAACUCGUCACCCCUAAUGCCAGCUCUGUUUACUCAGCCAGCAGCUCAUCUCCUGAGGCUUCCACUUCAACGCGGGGCAACCUUUUGUUCAGAGCAACUGAAGCCAAAGCCUUCAGUACCAUGUCACCAUCUGCCAGCACUGUUGACCCCACUGACCCACAACAGCAGAGAAGUGACAGUGCUCACAGCAUCUUUGGAAACCAAUCCGACCCCAUUCCCAUCCACUGUACAGUCACCAAUGAUAAUCCAAGUCAGAUAUCACAGCCACUUUAUUACACAGAGACUGACGGCACUGGGGUUCCUCAGUUGCCCAUUAACACCAUCGUAACGGUCAGGCCAAAACCCCCUGAGCAGCAGUUUGUGGUAGACUAUAAUGGACAGGACAACACUGAGGUGAAAAGGGGCAAUCAGGCCACUCACAGUUUGUCCACAGUAAGCCCCGGUGACCCCUCAGGAGGGUAUGGUCAGUACAGCCAAAUGGCUUGCGUCACAACUGGACAGUCAGGUUAUUUGUCUUUCGAGGCUGUUAGAAGUAACCCAACGCCAAACAACCCUCCUGUAUACGCUUGGAGUUCAUACCAAUAUGAAGGGCAGACUACAAGAGGGUUGUACUCAAGCCAGAUUCACCCACAGCAGGAAGCUAGCCACUCCUCUCUGCAGUCGUUUGGACAGAGUGGAGCAACUCCGCAGGUACCAGAAUGGGCGAGGCUGGGAAUGCAGCAGAGAGGGUUGUUACUUCAGGGGCAGUACUCCACAUGGCCAAGUGCUUCCAUGUCUGCUGAAGUUGGCUCCGUAACCAAUGAGGCUGCUUGCGUUGGCACCAGUCCAUUCAUGAUUCCACCCAACGGUUCACAAAUGAUUGACCUGAACCAAUACAGCACCAGCGGAUUUGCUCCAACUCUGAACAGCAACAACUUAGUAACACAAAAUACACCUGGAGUCAUUUACCAUCUCCCUGCAGCCAACACUGAAAUGAUGCCCCAGCCAUCUGCAAACCCCUUUUUUGCACCUGGCACAUGAUUUUUUACCGUAGGUGCCUCUGUGGUCAUCUCACCCCGCCAUGAAACUGCCAGUUACCAAAGUUAUUUCUGUCAUACACUGUUAUUUAUUGUUCUGUGUUUGUUUCUGCUAUACAUGAGUAUGAGUACAUUUGUGCCUUUUUAAUUAAUAUUGAUUUUAAGUGAACUGAAGAUAUUUUUGUUUGUAAAUCCUUUCAAAAAGCACAUUAUGUUAUGUUACUACUGCUUGUUUCAGUUUUUAACAUUCCUAAAAAGAUUGUCAGGCAUCAUUUUUGUGAUGUUUGUAGUUUUAUAUUUUCAUGUUUUGUUCAUUUUAAUAAAAUGGAGAUAAAUUGUUGA